AUGGGCUACGGAUUUUUAAAGCAGGAGGACGAUGCUCGACUUGGGAGGCUUGACGAAUUGAUGCUGAACGCAACAAGACCUUUGGGUGUCCAUGUCGCGGAUGGUCAACUGAAAGGGCAAGACAAGACUCACACCAUCAGCCUCAACAUGUCCACCCUCCACAAGCGUGUCGAGUCCCUUUUCAGACGGGUCGUGUGCAAGUAUCUCCAGACGUGCCCCUCGCAGGUUCCUGCUUCUGCGGCCUUCACACUGGCCAAGGGCAGAGCCAUGAGGGAACACGUGCUAGCGGCGCCUCGGUUGGCGAUCCACAACGCUCUGGUCUCGCCCGAGGAGUACCUGCGUCUGGGAAAGCGGCCCAGGGGCCUGAACCACCCUGAGGACGCCUCCAUCGCAUACCAGGGCUACCUCAAACAUGGCGGGGAGUCCAUCUGCCUUGUCGAUUGGCUGGAAGACUUCUGUGAAUGCAGUGGCGUGCACGUCAUGGACAACAAGGAAUGUCAGGGGCGGCGGCAGAAGGAGACAGCCGUGGACGGCAAGGAAGCAUUGGCGCGGUUUGAAGGGGCAGUCGCGGACCUGCAGGUGGCGGGCGUGGUGCGGCCGACGAAACGGAGGGCCUGCGGUGUGCUGAAGUGCAAUAUGUACAUGGAAUGUGGCAAGGCGUAA